AGCCAGACAAUAUUCAGAAUGUCCUGAAGAAACAAAUACCACCACAUCUGAUGGACACUUUCAUGCUGUAAACCACGCAGAGCAAACUCUCCGUAAAAUGGAGACCUAUUUGAAAGGUAAACAGCUGUGUGAUGUGCUGCUCAUUGCUGGACAUCUCCGAAUCCCUGCUCAUCGACUGGUUCUCAGUGCAGUGUCUGAUUAUUUUGCUGCAAUGUUUACUAAUGAUGUGCUUGAAGCCAAACAGGAAGAGGUCAGGAUGGAAGGAGUAGAUCCAAAUGCACUCAAUUCCUUGGUGCAAUAUGCUUACACAGGUGUCCUGCAAUUGAAAGAAGAUACUAUUGAAAGUUUGCUGUCUGCAGCUUGUCUCCUGCAGCUGACUCAGGUCAUUGAAGUUUGCUCCAAUUUCCUCAUAAAGCAGCUCCAUCCUUCAAACUGCUUAGGGAUUCGAUCAUUUGGAGAUGCCCAGGGAUGCACAGAGCUCCUGGAUGUGGCACAUAAGUACACCAUGGAACACUUCAUUGAGGUAAUAAAGAACCAAGAAUUUCUCCUGCUUCCAGCUAAUGAAAUUUCAAAACUUCUGUGCAGUGAUGACAUUAAUGUGCCUGAUGAAGAAACCAUCUUCAAUGCUCUGAUGCAGUGGGUGGGUCAUGAUGCUCAGACCAGGCAGCGAGAUCUGGCAAUGCUCCUUUCCUAUAUCAGAUUGCCACUACUUCCACCACAGUUACUUGCUGAUCUUGAAAACAGUUCCAUGUUUGCUGGUGAUCUUGAGUGUCAGAAGCUCCUAUUGGAAGCUAUGAAAUAUCAUCUCUUGCCUGAAAGAAGAUCCAUGUUGCAAAGCCCUCGAACAAAACCUAGAAAAUCAACUGUGGGAGCACUUUAUGCUGUAGGAGGCAUGGAUGCUAUGAAAGGUACCACUACAAUUGAAAAAUAUGACCUCAGGACCAACAAUUGGCUACAUAUUGGCACCAUGAGUGGCCGUAGGCUUCAGUUUGGAGUUGCAGUCAUUGAUAAUAAGCUUUAUGUUGUGGGAGGAAGAGAUGGUUUAAAAACCUUGAAUACUGUGGAAUGUUUUAAUCCAGUUGCCAAAAUCUGGAUUGUGAUGCCUCCAAUGUCAACACAUAGGCAUGGCUUAGGUGUGGCCACACUUGAAGGACCAAUGUAUGCUGUUGGUGGCCAUGAUGGGUGGAGUUAUCUAAAUACUGUAGAAAGAUGGGACCCUGAAGGACGCCAGUGGAAUUAUGUGGCCAGUAUGUCAACUCCUAGAAGCACAGUUGGAGUUGUUGCAUUAAACAAGAAGUUAUAUGCUAUCGGUGGACGUGAUGGAAGUUCCUGCCUCAAAUCAAUGGAAUACUUUGACCCACACACUAACAAGUGGAGUAUGUGUGUGCCAAUGUCCAAAAGACGUGGAGGUGUGGGAGUUGCAACACACAAUGGAUACUUGUAUGUUGUAGGGGGUCAUGAUGCCCCUGCUUCUAACCAUUGCUCCAGGCUUUCUGACUGUGUGGAAAGAUACGAUCCAAAAACUGAUUCAUGGUCAACUGUGGCGCCUCUGAGUGUUCCUCGAGAUGCAGUUGCUGUGUGCCCCCUUGGAGACAAACUAUAUGUGGUUGGAGGAUAUGAUGGACGUAGCUAUUUGAACACUGUUGAGUCCUAUGAUGCUCAGAAAAAUGAAUGGAAAGAGGAAGUUCCUGUUAACAUUGGAAGAGCUGGUGCAUGUGUUGUGGUGGUGAAGCUACCUUAA